CCACAAUAUGUGUCUAAUAUAAUGGAUCACCAACAUCAAGCUGAUUCUCCAGCACCAGAGCCUCACCAUUCAACUCCACAGGAUGUGUCUAAUAUAAUGGAUCACCAACAUCAAGCUGAUGCUCCAGCACCAGAGCCUCGCCAUCUAACGCCACAAGAUGUGUCUAAUAUAAUGGAUCACCAACAUUAUCCGGAUGCGCCAGCAACAGAGCCUCACCUUCCAACUCAACAAGAUCUGUCUAAUAUAAUGGCUCACCGACAUCAUCCUGAUGCUGCAGCACCAGAGCCUCACCAUCCAACUCCACUGAAUGUAUCUAAUAAAAUGGAUCACCCAUAUCAUCAAGCACCUGAAUCUCAACAUCCACCUCAGCAAGUUGUGUAUAUUAUAAUGGAUCACCAACAUCAAAAUGAUUUUCAAGCAUCAAAUCCUCACCAUCCACCUCCACAGAAUGUGAGUAACAUAAUGCAAAAUCAUCCUGAUGUUCCAGCAUAUCAGUCUCAACAGCCAUAUCCACGCAAGAAGUAUAUACCGGUAAUAUGAUGGGUUGCCAACAUUAUCCUGGUGCUCUAGCACCAGAGUCACACCAUCUGCUUCAACAAGAUAUGAAUAAUAUGGAGGGUUAUCCUAAUAUUCCAAUAUCACAGCAGCAUUACAGUCCACUUCCAAAUGAUGAAGAUGAGGAGAUGGAUGUUCAGACUAAUAUUCCACACUCUAAUGUGGUUGAGCACAGAGAACAACCUGCACAAGAGUCUCUCCAUCCACCUUCACAAGAUGAGCCAAUUAUGAUGGAAUUUUAG